AUGUCGGCGCAAUCAACCAUCGCAACACUGAGCGCUAUUUUUGCUAGAUUUGGCGCGGCCGUCGAAGUAUGCACUGAUAACGGCCCACAAUUUUCCAGCCAUGAAUUUCUUUUGUUUUCAAGGAGGUACGACUUCACGCACGUCACUUCAAGCCCUCAUUAUCCGCAGUCAAAUGGGCUUGCGGAAAAAGGUGUGCAGGCUGUGAAGCGCAUCAUGAAAAAAACUGCAGAUUCGGGCGACGACUUCUGGCUGGGCCUGCUGGCCUACCGCUCUACCCCACUGGAGGACGGGCGAUCCCCUGGUGAACUACUGCAAAGAAGGCGCCUUCGCGCCAACCUCCCGGACUUCAGUACAGUGACCGCAACCGAUGUCAAAAAGCACAGCCAGGCCCAAGGGGGAAGACCUUUGCCUCCUCUGCAGAAGGGUGUCGUUGUGCGGCAUCAGAGACGAUGCAUGGUCCCGCAAAGCUCAAGUGGUGGAUUCGCCAUAUGCAAGGUCCUACCUUGUCAAAACGGAGGACCAGAAGCUGUUAAGGUGCCACCGUCGUCACCUACUUCAAACUGGCGAAUGGUUCAUCGAGGAAAGCGACGACGACAUUGA